CGAUAUAUUGUUUCACACGGGCUCUUGUUCGUGGCUCUGGCCGUUGGUUCUUGAUGUGGUGCAUACUUGGACCUAUCUUCCGAUGCGUUUGAUCACCGUGCUUUCAGCCCUGCUACUGUUGCAACGAAAUGUGUUUGUUUUGUACAGUAUACCUCCUCAACAAUCCCGAUACAGGAGCACAUUAGGCAAAGGCUUCCAAUCAGACGCACCUAGUUAAUCCACCAUCAUACUUUUCUCCGCUUGUCCACUCUGACAACCCAGCACACCCAGCAUGCAGUGGUUGCCCUGCUCUGCAUCCAUCCAUGACGCGGCAGUCACCACGGCCAGAUUUGGCCAUUCCGCUGUGUGCAUCUCCGGCACCGGCUCCGUUUGGGGCACUGACCUGGUCGUCGUGUUUGGCGGUGUCAGUUACUCUGACGGCGAAUCCCAUCUGGAGCAUCACACGGCGCUGGGCGAUGUGACGGUGCUUCAGGCUGAGGCGGACAUGUGGUUCACACCACAGGUGUCCUCUGCCCCUGGGGCAGUGGACGGCGGCGGUGGCGACGGCGGGCUGCCGGAGCCGCGCGCCUUCCAUUGCGCUGCUGCAGUAGACCGACGUAUGUACGUCUUUGGCGGCCACGUCAUGUCGUACGAUCCCGUACUGAAUAAGAAGCGACGCCGUUUCUUCAAUGACCUAUGGUGCCUGGACACGGACACGUGGACGUGGCAGUGCCUGAGCGCCAAUACGGGGGGGACGGCGGGGGGCGCUGUAGGAGCAGCAGCAGCAGCAGCAGCAGCGGGGGGCCCCGCAGGGGGAGAUGGGUUUCCCCCCCGUCGUGACAUGGCGACACUAACCCGCGCGGGCCCCUCGUGUCUGCUGCUGUUCGGGGGGAGGCUGGAGUCCGGGAGGGUGGCGGGGGACGCCUGGGUGCUGGAUACGCACACACGCACCUGGAGCCAGCUACGAAUCCCCGGACCCCUACCAGCCCCCCGGAAGAUGCACGCUGCUGUGUAUGUGACCAACCGUGUGGUUAUCUUCGGAGGGGAGAGGGACUCUGGACUACUCGAUGACCUGUGGACGCUGAAGGGUGCGGACGGCUCCGAAGCCGCCAAGUGGACCCAGAUCAAGCUACGGCCCUCACCUUCUGGAAGAUUCGGACACGGCAUGGCGGCAUGCGGAAGUCGACUUGCCGUAUUCGGGGGGUGCUUGGAUCACUCCUCUUUGCUGUCCUUCAGUCGUACAUACGUACAGUGUAACGAGCUGUGGGUGCUGGAUAUGGCCACCUUCAGCUGGCAUCGCGUUGAGGCACCCGAGGGGGUCACCCCCCUGACCGGUACGGCACUAGAGGACCCCCACCUACCUACACAACUGCAACAACAACUACAACAACUACAACUGCAGCAGGAAAGCGGUGUUCAUGCAGGAACCCAUCAGCAGCACCGCCACCAGCGGGAGGAGACGGCGCCGGGGGCCGCCGCGCCACUGGCAUCCUUCAAAUCUCACCAGCACCAGCACCCUCCUCCGCUUCUUCCGCUUCCGCUGGAGCGCAUGUGCCAUUCCGUGGUGGCGGUGGGCCCGAGUGACGUUGCGGGGCUGUGUCGGCUGCUGGUGGUGGGGGGCAGGAAGCGGGAGGGGAUUUGCGGGGACGCCUGGUGGCUCAUGAUGGGUCCUGACAACCUAACUCCUGUCCUCACCGCACCCCAACCAGAGGACCUUGCCGCGGCCCUCACCGCCACCGCCGCACAAAGAGCCGUACAACAACAACGCGCCCACGCCGCGGCGUCGCCGCCGCCAGUGCCCCCCGCCGCCAGUACCGCCGCGGCGGCGGCGACGCCCUUGCUGCCCAACCCCACCCUCCUCUCAAACCUCCUUCGAAAGAGCGCACCGCCGUCGGCGGCGGUGGCAGCUGUGGCGGCGGCGGUCACACCACCCAGCGGCGACGGCAGCACUAGCAGCCUGCAGAGUAGCCUGGACGCCGUACAGACGGGCGCGGCAGCGUCGCCCCCUCUGGUUCCAGCGCCGACGGUUGGAUCUCAACGCGUGGCGGCGUCAACAUCUUCGGGAUGUCUAAGCCAGGAUCCAGCGGGUACGGCGGUGGGAGCGGGAAUUGCCGUACAGCCGUCUGGCGCCAGCUUAAUGGGCAGGCAGUCGCCGCAGGGACAGAACGGUGAGGUCGGCGGGAGGGAGCGGAUGGCGGAUAAGGCCUCUCAGGCCAUCAACCGAAUUACCAGACAGGUCAGCACGCUGCUGCGGAGUGACGCUGCCGCCGCCGCCGCCACGAUGACAGCGCCUGCAGCAGCGGCAGCGGCGACGACGGCUGCUGCUGCUGCUACUGCUAACCUGUCGACGUCGCCGUCGGGCGGCAGGAUCCUCGCGCGGCUAUUUGACGGCGGUACGGCAUCAGGGGCAGCGACCCGUGACGGCGGCGGUACGGCAAUGCCGCCACCCGUCAUCCAUUCGACGUUGACCGCGAAAGGUCCUCCGGAGACCGGUGGGGGUGGGGUCCCCCGCUCCCCCCUCCCCCCUCCUGCUGCUCCUCCCCUGCCUCCUUCCCCCACCCCCGCGGACGUGUAUGGCUCCUGGGAGAACCUCCGCAGCGCUCUGGGGCUCAUCGCACAGACUCCGUCUGGCUCCCUAGUCACCGCCCCCGCGGAGACCGCCUCCGCUUCCACCGCCACCGCCACCGCCAACAGCACCACCAGGAGGCAGGCAGUUGACGCGGCCGCGGCGCUGGCGGCGUUGGGGCGCCAGCUGGCCGUUGAGGAGGGCCCGACGGCGGUUGGUGCUGGGGGUUGGAGCGGGGUUGGAGCGGCGGCAUCAGCUGGGAAUGCCGCCGGGGCUGUGAGGGCGGCUCGGAGACAUCUAGUCAGUUGCCCUGUGGAGCGGUUGACGGUUGGACAGUUGGAGCUGGUUUUGGCUGACUGCCAGGCUCUUCUGAAGUCUCGCACGACACGGCUGUGGGAACAACUCGAGCAGCAGCUUCAGAAACAGCAGCAGCAACAGCAGCACGCCACGACACAACAACAGACAGGGCCGAGCACCUUCACUACCACCACUGUUAGCGACAACGGCAAUUGGAACAGCAGCAGUAGCCGCAGCAGUGGUGGUGGUGGUGGUGGCCGGAGCGACCCCGCGGGGAACGUAGACAGCACCGCUCUGACGUGUCUGGUGGCCUCCAGCUCGCACUGGCUGGUGGGGCUGAGCCCUGAGGAGUUGCGGCUGGGGGCGGUGGGCCGACUGGUGGGGACUUAUGGCGAGCUACUGAAGGAGGCCGGGGAGGGGAGGAGCGGAGCUGGCGGCGGAGGCGGCAUUGGGCUUGUAGGUGUGUAG